CACCAUGGCGGCUCAUAUUAAACACCUACCCCAACCCCUUCUUCUCUCUCACUCCUCCCACUCUCACCUCAUCACCAUAACCACCUCAAAACCCACCCCCCUUCAUUUUCCGGCCAGCCCUCACACCCCACCACCAUUUCCACCACCACCACCAUCAUCAACCACCUAGAUCACCACCAUGUACCACCGUAGAUUCAAAAUCAACACCCGGCAAUUAUACGCCUCUGACAGCCCAAAUGACCUUGAGCCCGAGCCCAUCUCUGAGCCCGGGCCCGCUUCACCUUCUUCCGGUGAAGACAUAAAAACUGAAGCACCAUCUCCCAAGAAAAGGAGGGAGAUGAAGAAGAGGGUGGUGACUUUACCAAUCGGUGACGUGGAUGGAUCUAAGAGCAAAGGAGAGACAUAUCCACCGUCCGAUUCAUGGGCCUGGAGAAAGUACGGUCAGAAGCCCAUCAAAGGUUCCCCUUAUCCCAGGGGAUACUACCGAUGCAGCAGUUCAAAGGGAUGCCCCGCAAGGAAGCAAGUUGAAAGAAGCCGCGUGGACCCCACAAAGCUCAUGGUCACCUACUCCUACGAACACAACCACUCCCUCCCCGUUCCCAAAUCACAUUCCUCCGCCGCCUCCGCCACCGCAACCACCUCCAGCGACGGCGCUGCUGACACUCCCGCCACGCCUACCGAGUCCACCGCCAUGUUGCCGCCGGAGGAGGAUCUGACGGUUUUCGCCACGCAUCCCGAUCUGGAAUUCACCGGCGACUCGGCGGUUCUGCUCGGCCACCACCACCACCACGCAGAUUUCGGGUGGUUCGACGACGUGGCCUCCACCGGCGUUCUUGAAAGUCCGAUCUGCGACGAGGUGGAGGAUGUGAUGCUAACGAUGAGGGAGGAAGACGAGUCGCUGUUUGCCGAUCUCGGCGAGUUGCCGGAGUGUUCGGCGGUUUUCCGGCGAAGGAAUAUUCUGAGCACCAGCACGAUACAGUGUGAUGGCAUCACAGGAUAACACGGCUGGACCGUUUUCUUGUGUCCAGCGUUGCAUAAGAUGAUACUCCCUCCGGUCCCAUUUAUAAGCAUGAAAGAGAAGAAAAAUCUUGGUCCUUUUUAUAAGAACCAAAUGAAAGUUUGAGCUAUAUUAAUUAUUUUUUUCCAAUGAUGCCCUUAUUAAUUCUAGCUUGUAAAAUGUGUCUCAUUAAUUAUUCUCUCUCUUUCCCACUUUCCAACACUAAUAACAAAGGGUAAUUUUGGAAGUUUAUUUUGAUUCAA